CCAAAGCAGCAAGAGCGCCCACUGACAUCAUGCGCAUCUCUACCGGAGGAGCGCAAGGGAGUGCCAGAGACAAGAGACGCGGAUUGAUCUAGCGUGCUAAAGUCUGUUCAUUUUGUAGGAGCCCCAUCGUUCCCGGUUGUGCUCGAGUCCCCGACGCAAACAACACUGUACCAAGUCGUUUUGCGUGGCCUUCAUUUUCCAACAGAACGUGCCGACGAUACCAGAAUUUACUCUUUUAACGCACCAUGGAGGAGCUGGAUGUUCCUCAGAUGAGGAGGGAGGUGGAGAGUCUUCAGUACCAGCUGUCCAUCAGCAGAGAGAAAUCCUCCAUCACUGUCACAGAGCUGGUCAAGUGGAUCGAGGGCUGCGUGUGUGACGACCCGUUCCUGAACCCUGAGCUGAUGAGGGCCAACCCCUGGGUGGAAAAGGGCAAGUGUGUGAUCCUCUAGGACACACACUCUCAAACACACACACACACUGCUGUUGUACUGUCCUAUUUAUUUAUAAACCUUUUUUGUUUCGAUAACAGGCAGUGUGUGUCAAUGUGUGAAUGAGAGUCACCAUCACAAUGAGUGUGUGUUGUGCAUGUCUAUCUCCUGGCAACAGUAGACGUUACUAUGGUAAUAAAUACCCUGACAUCACAUACAAAAGAGGUCUUUUUAUUGGCUGUUUGAACUACAAUAAAGAUUCACCUGGGA